CCGUGAUCGAGGUCUUGUCGUCUUUGCCAGUUCGAUUAUUUGAUGCGGUGUCUUCCAGCGAAUGGCUGCACCACCUCUUCUGUUUGUUUCUGUCAAAGUGGCUCUGAAUUCCUUAUUCGGUCGAUGUCUUUCUCUCCCGAUUCUGCCAGAAGCGGUGGCCCGCAAAUCAUACACUGAUCGGCACGAGUAGGCAGCCGCGAUUUGCUAGCUUACAAAUUUUCACGGCUAUUGUGGCCUGGUUUGAUUCCAACUGGAGCUGACUUUGUUGGUUUGCGGUUGAAGAGAAAACAGGAAGAAUUUUUGAGAGUUAGGAGAUGAGUAUAGAGCAGGAGUGGAGUUCGUGAGGUUGCCUGUGUUGUCCUGAGCUCUUUGUGUAGUUUGAAUUAUGAUAGUUGUCUGUAAUUUUUCCUGGCGGAACAACUUCUCCAAUGGAUUAUGUUGCUUGAACUAACCUUCAGAUAAAAUUUCGCAGUUUCUUUACAAUCCUUUUGGUUCGUUACUGGGCUUGCUAUUCGGGUUGCGAGUAAGGAUCAUUGGUCAUGCUUGUGAAUUGUUGCCUACCUGAUUUUUCUUUCUCGAGGCGACAUGGUUUUCUGUUGUCAUGAAGGAUUUAUUGCUGGGCUCCGUUUUCAAAAAUUUUCAUGAAGAAAAAGUAGAGGGGUUAGGCGAUGGUCGCAGGUAUUCGACUCCUUUGAGAUGUGGUCACGACGUGGCUUGGAGUGACAGAUACUCUGGUUUGAGAUGGGAUCCUCGCAAUUAAGAGUGUUUUCUUCAUCUGUCUGCAAUUAGCUUAUGUCAAUUGUGGAGCCUUGAAGGAGGCUUUUGUAAGAUCUACAGCUUUUUUGUAAGAUCUGUAGAUUUUCAAUUUUUGAAGUGAUGGCGGCGACACAAUUUUCAGAAAUAUGGGUGGCAUUCCUGCGAAGCUUGAGUAAUGUUCUCUCUGGGGAACAUUUCCCUCGACCCGACGUGAUAGACACGGAUAAUAUUAUUGCAGCUUUUAUUAAGAAUUCCUCUUUCCAGAAUGUCUUUGUUUCAGGGCUCCAUUUAAUCUUUAUUCUAAUCCUAUUAGCUAUAAUAUUGGGGCACCGAUCUAACCGCAUUAAUUCUGCAAGCUAUAGGAAUGAGUUCUUCAGUCCAGAUUCAUUCUUAGAAUGGGUGUGCUUUCUCUCCACUUGUGGACUCGGUCUUUUCAGCUUAGGAGUAACUAUGUGGUUACUGGCCUCAGGAUGGAUGGAUCAUCGACAUAUCCAUGUGUUACAAUGCAGUUUCUUUCUUGUGCAAGGAGUGGCAUGUCUAUCCCUGGCCUUCACAGUGAAAGUUCAUAAAAUACCUCAAUACGAAAAACUAGUGCGAGUGUGGUGGAUAGCGUCGUUCUUACUGGGAACAUAUGCUGCUGUUGCAGUAGUCUUGAAAAUAAUUGACAGCCAAAAAGUAUCAGUUACAAUGGUUUAUAGUUUAGCCUCCUGGCCGGCGUAUGGUUUCCUUCUGCUGCUUUCCUUACAAGGACAGAGCAAGUUGUCCAUGGAUCUCAAGAGUGAGGAGGAUCCUCUGCUUUCGAGAAGUCACUCUGAAAAUGGCACUGCUGAGGUUGGGGAGAAAGUUACCCCUUUCGCUACUGCUGGAUUCUACAGCCGCAUGAGCUUCUCGUGGCUAAAUCCUCUUUUAUCUAGUGGUUACAGGAAGCCUCUGGAACAAGCGGACAUCCCUCUGCUUGGCAAGGAAGAUGAAGCCCAGAAAAAUUAUGAAAAGUUCGCACAGGCUCUGAGGGACCAAAAAAGCAACAAUAGGCAGGUUUCGGUGUUUUGGGCGUUGUCAUCGUGCUAUUAUAAGCCGAUGGUAUACAAUGGUUUAUACGCACUGGGUAAAAGCAUCACAGUUUCCCUUGGGCCUGUUGUGCUCAAUACGUUUAUACAGUACACUGCUGGAAAGCGGUUAUUUCGGGGCGAAGGUAUUGCGCUUGUGGUAGCACUGUUUUUUGCCAAAUUCUUUGAGUCUGUUUCGCAGCGGCAGUGGUACUUCGGCAGCCGAAGAGUUGGAUUGCAAGUUCGGUCUGCUCUAAUGGCCGCCAUCUAUCAGAAGGAUCUCCGCAUUGCAAACGCGGGAAGACAGAGACAUGCGGCUGGCGAGGUGGUCAAUUACAUGUCAGUUGAUGCGUACCGUAUUGGAGAGUUUUUGUAUUGGCUUCAUUUUUCGUGGACCACUGCGCUUCAGAUCUGUAUUGCGCUGGUGAUCCUUGCGUAUGCCGUUGGAUGGGCAACACUUGCUGGUCUUACAGUCAUUAUUGUGUCCAUGGUUGUGAACACUCCAUUGGCUCGAUCUCAAAAUGUGUAUCAAACUAAGCUCAUGACUUCGCGAGAUGCAUGUCUACGGACCACAACAGAAGCUCUUCGCAACAUGAAGAUUCUAAAGCUUCAGGCAUGGGAGGACAAGUUCAAGGAGCAGAUAUUGAAAUUACGAAAUGAAGAAUUGAUAUGGCUAUCGAAGGUCUUGUAUCGAAGGGCUUAUAAUACCGUAGUUUUCUGGAUGUCUCCAGUGUUUGUCUCAACCGCCACAUUUGUAACAUGCCUGUUUAUGGGGACUCCACUCAUUGCUAGCAACGUAUUUACAGCUCUUGCCACGCUGCGGAUAAUCCAGGAGCCCAUUAGAUUAAUUCCCGACUUAGUCGCUAACGCCAUCCAGGUGCGUAUAUCGCUUGAUCGUAUCGCUAAAUUCCUUCAAGAGGACGAGCUACAGCCUGAUGCCGUUGUGAGAAAGGAUCAUUGGAAAACCUCAGACUACGCGAUUGAAUUCGAGGAGGCUACCCUCACCUGGGAUCCAGAUGUUGCAAUACCCACCUUGAGGAACCUGACUGCAAAAAUCAAGCAUGGUCAGCGCGUGGCAGUGUGCGGAGCAGUAGGAUGUGGAAAGUCCUCUUUCAUUCAGGCCAUCCUUGGAGAGAUGCCCAAACUCUCUGGCUUGAUACGUGUGAAUGGCACGGUUGCUUAUGUUGCACAGUCAGCAUGGAUUCGAAGUGGCACAUUUCGUGACAACAUUUUAUUUGGGAAGCCUAUGGACAAAGAGCGGUAUCGGAAGACAUUGCGAGCUUGUGCACUGGAUAAGGACAUUGAGAAUUUUCCUCAUGGGGAUCUAACAGAGAUUGGGGAACGGGGUAUGAACGUGAGUGGAGGACAGAAGCAGCGAAUGCAAUUGGCUCGGGCAGUGUAUCAGAAUGCUGAUAUUUACCUUUUGGACGAUCCCUUGAGCGCCGUGGACGCCCACACUGCUGCUAGCCUAUUCAAUGGUUGCAUCAUGGACGCUCUGGAGGGAAAGACAGUGAUCUUGGUCACACAUCAAGUAGAGUUUCUCCCAGCUGUGGAUUCUAUACUGUUGCUGCGAGACGGAGAAAUUUGGCAAGCUGGCCAUUACAAUGAACUGAGAAGCGAAGGCACAGCCUUUGAGGAGCUUGUCACGGCUCAUGAAGAGGUAAUGGGCGGAAUGUCAGAGAACUCAAGUUUAGAGCACAAAGCCACUGCUCAGAAUUCAGAUAAAGAGCAACUGCAGAAAAUGCCUAGUCGAAGUCGGUCUAGGAGAGAAGAGGACGCUAUUCAGCUGGCUAGAGCUAAGCAGAACGCUUCACAACUGACGGAGCAAGAAGAGAAAGAGAUUGGUAGCACUGGAUCAAAAGCAUAUGUGGACUAUCUAAAGCAAGCCAAUGGAUUUUUGCUCUUAUUUCUUUCGAUCAUCACCCAACUUGUCUUUGUACUGGGACAAGUGGCUUCGAACUGGUGGAUGGCUUCCAACGUGGAUAAUCCAGCAGUGAGCAAUGCCAAGCUGCUAUUUAUCUACUCUACGAUUGCACUCACCACCGGAUUCUUCGUCUUCUUUAGAUCUGCCUUUCUUGCCAUGUUAGGUGUGGAAGCCUCGCGGUCAUUUUUUGAAGGGAUGAUCAGCUCUUUAUUUCGUACCCCCAUGGCAUUCUUUGACUCAACACCAACUGGCCGAAUCCUCAGUCGGGUUUCCUCAGAUUUCAGUAUUCUGGACAUGGAUGUGGCUUUCGCAUUUGGUUUCUCUAUCGCGGCCUCCAUGAAUGCGCUCACCAAUGUAGCCGUCAACACUUCCAUAACCUGGCAAAUCUUGUUCAUUGUCAUCCCAUUUAUAUACGCCGCCCGAAAAUUACAGCUUUAUUACUUGGCAUCUGCCAGGCAAAUUAUGCGGAUCAAUGGAACAACUAAAGCACCAAUUGUGAACCACUUCGCGGAGGCCAUCGCCGGAGGAUCGACAAUUCGUGCGUUUAAGAAGCAGGCUGACUUCGCUGUGGAGAAUUUGAGUCUCAUUGACGCUAAUGCUAGCCCCUUUUUCCAUAGCUUUGCAGCUAUUGAGUGGCUCAUACUUCGUCUCGAGUUCCUCUCAGCAACCGUUUUAGUAGCAUCUGCACUGUUCAUCGUUCUUCUACCCGAGGGUCACAUCAACCCAGGUUUCGCUGGUAUGGCCAUCAGUUAUGGUCUAUCUUUAAAUAUUUCUGUCGUCUUCGGUGUCCAGCAUCAAUGCAAUCUUUCAAAUACAAUAAUCUCAGUGGAAAGAAUAAAACAAUACAUGAACCUUGUCAGUGAAGCUCCAGCUGUAAUCCCUAACAAGAGGCCUUCUUUGCAUUGGCCAAGCACUGGCAGGGUUGAGCUUGAAAAUCUACAGGUUCGAUAUCGCUCAAACUCGCCUCUAGUUCUGCGUGGCAUCACGUGUAUCUUCCAGGGAGGUCAGAAGGUGGGCGUUGUGGGUCGCACAGGAAGUGGCAAAACAACUCUCAUUGGUUCCCUCUUUCGACUGGUGGAGCCAGCGGGUGGAAGGAUCUUGAUUGAUGGCAUUGAUAUUUCAACCAUUGGCCUUCAUGAUUUACGCUCACGCCUUGGAAUCAUCCCACAAGAGCCUACAUUGUUUCGAGGAACUGUCAGGUUCAAUUUAGACCCUAUUGACGAACACUCUGACGCUGAAAUUUGGGAGGCCCUUGACAAAUGCCAGCUGGGUGACAUCAUACGAACAAAGCCUGAACGACUAGAUGCGCUAGUUGCGGAUGACGGUGAGAACUGGAGCGUCGGCCAACGACAACUCUUUUGCUUAGGACGAGCUUUACUAAAGCACAGCCGUGUCUUAGUGUUGGACGAGGCAACUGCUAGCAUUGAUAACAACACAGACGCGAUACUGCAACGCAUCCUGCGCCGAGAAUUUUCAGACUGCACUGUUGUAACUGUGGCUCACCGCAUCCCUACUGUUAUCGACAGUGAUGCGGUCAUGGCCCUUCAUGACGGUAAAAUGGCUGAAUUUGACGAACCGAAGAAGCUGUUGGAGGAUCCCAGCUCUCUGUUUGCCAAGCUUGUUGCUGAGUAUUGGGCCAAUAUCCACCACUGAGGUAAGAGUUUUGUAGGAAUUGAUUCUACAACAUAUAACAAGUUUGUGGACAUUUUAGAUUGAACAGCUGCCACACUACUGAAGACUACCAUGCUGCUCCCGUGAAUUGAUUUAAGAGCUCUUAAAUCACUUAAGAUAUAUUCUCUGCAUAUGUUUCUACUUUGAUUUGGUUAGGUGACAAAUUUUGCCUCGCAAAAUGUUGAAAAUGUUGUUGAAAAUCACUCGACUCAUCCAGUUUUAAAACUUGCAAACGAUGGAACAUGUUUCCAUUUUGGUAUUCUUCACACUAUCAGUAUAUGUAUGUGAGGAAUUAAAUUUUGAAUAAAAGUAAUGGUUACUCACUUUCAUUUUCA